GAAAAACGUUGUUCAGUCUCUCAUAGUCUGUCAAAAAGACUUGAUUAAUGUGGUGAAGGUGAAGGCAUAUGAAGCUGGAAUUUGCACUUUUGCCAUCGAAUGGUUUCUACUGAAAUUGUCCUAUACAAAGGAAGCAAUGGGCAGCUCCUGUACCGAUUGGUCAUGUGGUGGGACUCCAACUCCAGCUUCGGAUGCUGAUGCUACCACAUUGAGAGAUGCAGCUGCCAAUGUUCCUCCCCCUCAUGAGAUCUCUGUUGAGGGUCCUGUUGGUGGUACCAUCCAGGAGAUUGAAGAUGCAGAUACUACUAUCAACAAUGAGAUAAAGAAGCAGGAUGAGAAGCUUGUGAGACCCAUAACUGAGCAGAUGAUUGAAUUCAGCGUUUUGAUUACUGGUGAAAAGUACAGCGAGGAGCUGAAGGACCCAGCUUCUGCAAGGCAUCAGCAGCUGUCUGAGCAAUUCAUUUCUCAGAUCAAAAGUGUAUUUGAAGGACUACCUGGAUACAAGAACAUCCAUGUUCUGGAUUACAGCUCUCCCGAGGAUGACAGUGGAGUGGAAGUUCACUAUGCUGUUACAUUUGAUGGAAAAGCCAUCACCAAUGCCACCUGGGACCUGAUUAACCUUCAUUCCAACAAGGUGGAGGACAACUCCUUUAUGGGCAUAGAGGAUAAUCCAACAGUUGUGUACACAAUCAGUGAUUUCCGAGAUUAUAUUGCUGAAAUCCUCCAGAAAAAUGCCUUGUUUGAAAACACUUCUUUGUCUUUAGACCCGAACUCUCUCCAACUUACUAAUGUGCAAGAAAUACUCCACCCUACACCAGAAGACCCAUCCUGGAUUCCUGAGCAUCCAGUUGUGCUGGAGCGCCCAGAGUUCGAUGACAGCACCUUUUUAGCUGAACGGCCUUCAGCAGAUGAGUCGACUGUCAGCAAUACCUUGCCCUUUGAUUUCACCAAACCAGACUCCAUCUCAGAUAGCGAACAGUCCAAUGACAAUGAAAUCCAUCCAAGACCAGAAAAUCUGGACUCUGAGGCCAGUUUGGCACCUGAAGCUCCACUUUCCUCAGAGGCUGAUGUCACUUCUUUGCCUGAUGGACUGAGUUUAGAAGAAGGGGAUUGGACUCCUGAUUUGAUCACAGCCCCCGGUUCUUUAGAUGUGUUUGAAGAUACCAUACUAUCUGAAGACCUUUUGCCUUCAAGUCCGUCUCACCUCGUGCCUGAAGAACCUCCAUCUACAGAUGAUGUAGUUCCUCUAAUUUCUGCACCAACAGUGCCCUCUUCAUCAGUCGUGGAGACUGAUAUUAAAGAACCAGUUUCUGCUGAGAAAGAAGAAAUAGUUCAAGGUGGCCCUGCAGGCAGUUACGAUGCAGACUCUGCAUUCCACCCUAUGGAAGAUGAACCUGAUAUAUAUGUUGGAGAUAGAGUUAUAUAUGAUGAUGGGUCUGGUUCAGCUUUUGAUGGUUCAGGAAAAGAAAUGGAUUCAGGUAUUUGGCCUUGGGAAGAAGCAACACUGGAACCAGUUUUCUACCCAAGUCCUGACAGCUGGCUUGAAGAUGACAAUGAGUCUUUGUUAAUCAGCACUGAGGAUAUUCCUGAAGGUAUGAUCUUAGACUAUAUUCUUAACUCUAGGAAUAAAUUAGAUGAUGAUCCUUCCAAAGACAGGAAGGAAGGUAUGGUUAAUAUAAAAGAAGAUUUCCUCGAUGAGUCUGAAAUAUUUGUCUUUCCAGACGCUACAACUCGGCAGGUACCUCUGUUACAAACAGAAGAGCCAUCAUCUAUGGGAUCAUCUGCACAGACAGAAAGAGUGGGCAUGUAUGAUUCUUCUUCUGUUAAACCACCCUUGGUUUUGGAGCCUUCAGUGGACCAUUCCCUUGUAGACAUGCCAACUGAGUCCCCUAUCUCACCACAUGAUACACAUCUGUCUGUGGGAGAUGAUCUCCUCGCAUCUGCAGGGACCAUCAGUAUGGAGCAACCUGAAGAGUCUAGUGUAGGUCAGAACAUCUUUUCUGAAGCAGCUGGACACCAAAAAGAAGAUACAACAACAGCAGAACAACUAUUCACAGUGGAGCAGUCAGAUGUAACUGAAGCUGCUACAGUAGACCAGUUGGAUACAAGAUUUUCAGAAACUAUUCUGACUGCAGGUCCUUCCAUGACAAACGCUGAAGCUUCCACAGGGGAGCAGCAAACCCUAGAUUCAUCACUGGCAGGUCAAGACACUACUGGAUCAGCAGUGAAGAAAACAGCUGAUGUUUGGCCUGCUGACAGAGCCCUAGAAAGCUCAUUAGAUCAGGCGGUGCAAUCGGCAACACCAGCUGCCACUGAAGUUCCCUCUUUAAUAGAUCAGACCACUGUUCUAGAGGGCUUUACUGGACAGGGUGCUACUGAUCAUGACACUCAUGUUUCCAUGAGCUUCAGCACUUUCAAAAUGGUGAGUGUAACAAUGAGGCCUGUUGAGCUUCCGUCCCAUGUCCAUGUGCAAUCUACGGUACCACCGUCUGUGGCUACUUCAGCAAAGCUAGGAGAUGAAACAACGGGAAUCCUGGAUGUUUCAGUCGACCUGGAUCAUGUGAGCACUGUCCAUUUUUCCCCUGAGCUGACUGAGGAGGAAAGGAGUGGGACUGACAGUCAUGUGAAGCUGACAACUCACAUCCAUUCCACAGAGAUGGCCAGCGUGGCUUGGGCCACACAUGAAAAUCGCAGCACUACUACCAUCCCAUCACGAGCUCUAGUUGUAUUUUUCAGUCUUCGAGUUACCAACAUGAUGUUUUCAGAGGAUCUGUUCAAUAAAAACUCCCCUGAAUACAAAGCACUGGAGCAGCGGUUCUUGGAACUGCUGGUGCCCUAUCUGCAGUCAAAUCUGACAGGCUUCCAGAAUCUGGAAAUUUUGAACUUCAGAAAUGGCAGCAUCGUGGUGAACAGUCGAAUGAAAUUUGCCAAGCCCGUGCCUCGGAAUGUCACCAACGCUGUGUACAUGAUCUUGGAAGACUUCUGCAACACUGCGUAUCACACCAUGAACCUGGCCAUCGAUAAAUACUCCCUUGAUGUGGAAUCUGGUGAGCAAGCAGACCCCUGCAAGUUCCAGGCCUGCAAUGAGUUCUCCGAAUGCAUCGUAAAUCGCUGGAGCGGGGAAGCCGAGUGCGUCUGCAAUCCUGGCUACCUGAGCAUCGAUGGGCUGCCGUGCAAUAGCAUCUGUGAUCUGCAGCCCAACUUUUGCCUGAAUGAUGGCAAGUGCGACAUCAGCCCUGGGCAAGGGGCCAUCUGUAGGUGUCGUGUUGGGGAGAACUGGUGGUACAGAGGGGAGCACUGUGAAGAAUAUGUGUCCGAGCCCCUGGUUGUGGGUAUUGCAAUUGCUUCUGUGGCGGGAUUCCUUCUUGUGGCAUCUGCUGUCAUCUUCUUCUUAGCCAGGACCCUUCGAGACCAGUACACCAAAAGUGAUACCGAGGACUCGCAGGGGCAGGGUGACAGCCUCUCAUCCAUUGAGAAUGCAGUUAAAUACAACCCCAUGUAUGAAAGUGAUACGACUGGCUACAGCCAUUAUUACCGGAGAUACCCUCAGCUAACGUCCUACAGUUCUACCAGUGCAGAGACUUCCACAGACUACAGCAGUGAAGAGAUCAGGCACAUUUAUGAAAACAGUGAGCUUACUAAGGAGGAAAUUCAGGACAGGAUUCGAAUUGUAGAACUCUACGCUAAAGACCGUCAGUUUGCAGAGUUUGUUAGGCAGCAUCAAAUGAAGCUGCUUUAAGAAAAAAAGAAAUCAGUAGAACACAUAUGGGAGAUAAAGACUACCUUGUUGCCAUAGCAACAGGCUCAGAUGUAACUGCAAAGUUACUUAUAGUCUUAACAUUGCAUGGAUGGAUACAGAUGUUUUCUAAAUGAAUGGCUAAAAUGUACAGAUGUCUGUUUAUCUCAAUUACUUCUGGCUUUUCUGCGUAAAGUGACAUUUUUAAGAGGUGAUCAGAUGUGGCAGAGGUUAUGAAAGUUCAUUUUCCUUUAACUCUGAAAAGGACAGUGAAAGUUUGUAUAUCCAGGCAAAAAAAAUCUCC